AUGGGUGGUGGUUAUACGAUUGGUCCAUCAGAGAAGUUCGAUCCUGAAGUUGAAGAGAUUCUAGCAGAUAUAGCAGAUGAAUUUGUUGUGUCUACUGCAUGCGUCACAACAUUUGGCUGCUCUUUGGCCAAGCAUCGAAAGUCGGAUACAUUGGAAGCAAAAGACAUACUUCUACAUCUUGACAGAAACUGGAAUAUGACACUACCAGGGUUCGGUGGCGAUGAGAUUAAGAGCUACAGAAAACAAGUCACAAACGAUAUCCACAAGGAGCGCCUUGUGGCGGUAAAGAAGUCAAUCUUGGCAUCUGAGAUGGCAAAUGCUAAGAACUCUGUUGGACAAGCUGCUGGAAAUGCUAAGAGUAGCAUGACAAAGACCCUCUCAAAUCCCAUCGUCUCCCCGAACCUGAAAGUUACAUGA